UAUCCAGUGUCAGUUUUGCAACUUUUACAGUUAGCAUAUAAAAUUGGGUGUGUUAAAAGUUCUUAUAAUUUACAAUGGAUUUUAAUAAUAUUAGUAGGCCCCAGAAUUUGCUAUUAGAGGAAUGUUGUGAAGAUUUAUUUGGCAUACGCUUAGAUCCACCAGAUCGGCGCGAUAAAUGUGAUAAGUGCAAACGACCAGCUGUGGUUUGUUGGUGUCCAUCAUUGCCAAAUCCUCCACUGGACAUCAAGUCCUCCAUCGUUAUAUUGCAACAUCCUGCUGAGGAAAAACGCUCACUGCGCACGGCUUUAAUGUUACAACUUGGAGUAACACCGGGCAAAUGUGUGGUCUACAAAGGCAAACGCUUUCCAUCGCCAAAAAAUCAAACCGAACUAGAACCAAUACUAAAUUCACCCAAUGCUUUGUUGCUCUAUCCCAGUAAAGAUUCUGUGCCUAUAGAAUGUGUAAAAAUGUUGAAAACCUCAAUGGAGGGUACACAAAUUGAAAAAGAUCCGUUCACAUUAGUGCUAAUUGAUGGCACCUGGCCCCAGGCGAAAGCUAUAUAUGCCAGCAGUCCCAUGUUGCAUCGCAUGCGGCAAAUUAAACUUAUAGCAGCCGGCAAUAGUGAUUACAUCAUACGCACACAACCCACCGAAGGUUGCCUUAGUACGUUAGAAACUGCGGCGCAAGCAUUGUCCGUUCUAGAGCAACGUCCUGAGCUACGCCAAUUGCUGGUACGCCCACUGCAUACGUUAUGUCAAUAUCAGCUAGACAAUGGCGCUGUAGAACAUCACUCGAAAGAAUUUCGCAUUAAAAACCAGCAGUAUCCUAAACAAAUUGGCAAGCGUCUUAAUCGUUUGCUUAAUUAUAGUACAAUUUGUCGGCCGGAGGCGACGGAGCAGAAUAUGUUGAAUAGAAUGGAACCAAAAUUACAACAGCAGCAGCAAGGGUCGUGAGAAUAGGCAAAUUGUGAUUACAUAUGCGAUAUGUAGCUCAUAAUGCAUUUAAAACGUUUUAUAUUGCUAGUAUGUAAAGUAAAAUAGUUUGAAUUUAUUGUAAUAUUUAAGGUGUAUAGGUGGAUGCUGAAAUGAUAGUAAAUCGAUUUCUUUAGAAAGCGCGCCAAAAAAAUCAAAAUUUCUUUUUAGUCAAAUGUACUCUACUCGCUAGAUCUCUUGUAAUAAGCAGCUUAAUUUCCGUUGCGGAUGCGUUUGCUGACAUUCAAACAGUUGUGUUGUUGCGCGCAUUUUCCAAAACGCUUUUCAUCAGACACUUGGCAAUAGCAUAAGUGCGUACGCAUGCAUUCAUUUCGUUUUCUGAAAUGUGGGGAGGAAAUUAUUUUAUAUUUUUACAUUGUAUACAAGGUAGUUGUAAAAACGAUUGCUGCCUUACUAGCUUCCGAUUCACAAAACUGAACUGAACUUGUU